CUUAAAUUAUAAGUUAUUUCGUGUUAAAUAAAAGUGUCAUCGAGAUAAAUUGAAAAUACGAUGGCAUCAAUAUCUCAAGAGCCACCAUCACCGUCUACUGACAUCUCAGAUGAUACUCCGUCCUCUUCCCCCGCCCCAGAAGUGAUAAACAAAUUCAACUGGCUCAAACAAAGCAGGAACGCAAGAAAUAAUCCUUUUGUAAAAUCUCGUCCGUCUUUAACAAGGGAAAGCUCGACUGCUGAAUUGUUCUCAAGAGAAAAUUCGAGUCAAGAUUUCUUUCAGAGCUCAAGACUGAACCUUUUCGAAACAGCUCCGAAACCGGAAAACUCUCAAGGAUAUAAGAAGGGCGUAUCCUUCAUAGGAUGGCAUCAGCGCACCAAGUUGGAAAGAGUCCUGCUUGUUUGCUGCGCGGUCCUGCUCUUAGCAACACUGCUGACCACCUGCAUACUACUGCUCGUCAGGAGUCCUUCCUAUCUACCAGUCCCACCGUGUUACCGGCCCGAACCCGCAGAAUCGAACGUAUGUCUCUCCAGUUCGUGUAUUUACACUGCCAGCGAGGUGAUAAGAGCCCUGGAUGAGACGCAGAAUCCUUGUGAUGAUUUCUACGAGUUCGCUUGUGGAGGAUGGAUCAGAAACAACCCGAUCCCUGAAGGAAAAUCCAGUUGGGGUAUCUUCAGUAAGAUUGAACUCCAGAACCAAUUAACUAUAAGAUAUGCGCUUGAGAAGGUAAACAUUUCUGAAGCAUCAGGUGCAGAAGCAAAGGCCAGGAUAUAUUAUGAUGCAUGCAUAGAUACAAAUGAAACCAUAGAGAAGUUGGGAGAGAAGCCAUUGAUUGGUGUUAUCAAACAGCUCGGCGGGUGGCAUUUACUGCCCAAUACUGUGACUAAACAGCAAAAAUGGGAUCUGCAAAAAUUGAUGCAGGAUGUGCAGAAUACAUAUAAUCUGGGUGGAUUAUUCAACUGGGCGGUAUCUGAAGAUGACAGGAAUUCGUCUAAACACGUCAUUGUUCUGGACCAAGGCGGACUGAACUUACCGACACGUGAUAAUUAUCUGAACAAAACAGGUCAUAAGAAAGUUCUAGAUGCAUACUUAGAUUACAUGACGAAGAUCAGUGUGUUGCUCGGAGCCAACAAAUCUGAAGCCAGGGCUCAAAUGAAUAAAGUCAUUCAGUUCGAAACUGAAUUAGCGAAUAUAACAACCCCAUCUGAAGAUAGAAGGGAUGAAGAGAGCCUUUACAAUCCAUACACGUUGAAGGAGUGGCAAAAAGUGGCACCGUUCUUAAACUGGUCCAUGUUUUUUAAUGAUGCUUUCAAAUUGGUCAAUAGAACUAUAUCUGAUAACGAAAGACUGGUCGUAUACGCUCCGGAAUAUUUUAAGAAUUUAACACGAGUCAUCAGGAAAUACAGCAAGACUGAGGAAGACCAAAAAACAAUAACCAGCUACAUGAUGUGGCAAGUGUCCCGCUCUCUGUCCACCUACUUGUCCAAAUCCUUCCGAGAUGCCACCAAGAUACUUAGAAAGGCGCUGUUUGGUUCUGAAGGUACUGAGGAGUCAUGGAGAUACUGUGUCACUGAUACUAACAAUGCUAUUGGUUUCGCGGUGGGCGCCAUGUUCGUGCGCGAGGUGUUCCACGGCGAGGCGAAGACGCAGGGAGAGAUCAUGAUAGACCACAUCCGUACAGCCUUCAAGGAGAACCUCAAGAACCUGGACUGGAUGGACGCGGAGACGCGACAAGCUGCCGAAAUCAAAGCUGACGCCAUCACUGAUAUGAUCGGUUUUCCUGAUUAUAUCUUGAACAAGGAGGAACUGGACAAGCAGUAUUCAGAUCUGGAAGUUAAACCUAACCAAUACUUUGAGAACAAUAUAGCAUUCAAUGUGUAUACAUUACGUCACGAUCUCAAGAAAUUAGAUCAGCCCGUUAAUAAAACUAAAUGGGGGAUGACACCAUCGACAGUAAACGCAUAUUAUACACCAACUAAGAACCAGAUAGUGUUCCCUGCUGGUAUAUUGCAAUUACCAUUUUACGAUGGUGACAACCCUAAGAGUGUCAACUAUGGUGCCAUGGGCGUUGUCAUGGGCCACGAACUGACACACGCAUUUGACGACCAAGGACGGGAAUAUGACAGAUUCGGAAACCUUAACCAAUGGUGGAAUAAUGCAACCAUCGGUCGCUUUAAAAAGCGCGCAAAAUGUAUUCAAGAACAAUACUCUAAUUACACUAUGGAGGGACUUUAUUUAAACGGCAAACAAACGUUAGGUGAAAAUAUAGCGGACAAUGGAGGCCUAAAGGCUUCAUUCCACGCUUACCUCGAUUACAGCAAGAAUGCCAAAGUCAACUACACUCUGCCAGGCUUGAAGUACAACCAUAGACAACUCUUCUUUAUAUCUUUCGCUCAGGUAUGGUGCUCAUCAAUGACCAAAGAAUCUACCAAAAUGCAGAUAGAAAAAGAUGACCAUACAGUUGCUAAAUAUAGAGUCAUAGGUCCUAUAUCUAAUCUUAAAGAGUUCUCACAAGAAUUUAACUGUCCGGUUAAAUCUAAUAUGAACCCUGAACAUAAAUGUGAGGUAUGGUAAAAGGAAUAAAGGUCAUUUUCCUAUGAAUUAAAGCUUUAGCUACGCUGCAUUGUAUUAGCAGCUUACAUUUGUAUAGUAUAAAUGUAGACCAGGGACCCCCAAAGUGCAACCUUAAGGGGUCGAUAUCGAACUUAAAGCAUUGCUAAUUCUCACU